AAGCAAUGUGGCAGCUACUGAGGAUGCUGGCAACGUUGUUGUUGCUGCUUGGGGCAGCGUUAUCGAUUGAAGUGCAGAAAUUUGGACACCUGUUUAAUCCACCGCAAUCGGAGCAUCAUGCACGCCACGAGGAUAAACAGGAUUUGAAUAAAAUACCUGGAGUAGCUGGUGUGGAUUAUCCGAUUUAUCACGAAGUGCCGCACACGCAAUUCAGUUGCCACAAUGUGCCCGCUGUGCCCGGCAUGUAUGCCAAUGUGGAGACCGGCUGUCAGGCCUAUCACGUCUGUCACGACGGACGCGAGGGACACCAGGGUGCGUCAUUUUUAUGCACAAAUGGUACCAUAUUCAAUCAAAAGGAAUUCGCCUGCGAUUGGUGGUACAAUGUCAAAUGCGAGGAAGCUAUCAGCCUAUAUCACCUCAAUGCCGAUCCGGAACACAAUCCGUAUGUGCCAAAGAAGAAACCCGAGUUGGAACACGAUCCACAUUAUGGCGCUACAAACGAUCCACAUCAUGGCGCUGAUUUUCUGAUACAUGCUUAAAUUGCACAAUAACACUUCACAUGCACUAUUUAAUUGGUUUUCUUCAUUUCACUGCAAUAAAUUUGUUCUUUAGUUCUGUUAAAUCGAA